GUCCCCAAAGUAGGUCGCAGGAACGUUGCAGGUCUAUCCUUCGAAGAGGGAAGCGUGCCCAAGCAUGGGCGGCGCAACAAGCAGAAAGACGUCCGCCACACCCUGGUCGCCUACUUGCUGGACUAUCACCCAACGGUGGACGACAAAUUUAUGAACUUUGUCAAGGGCCACGACGCCGAUAUUCCAGCCCCGAGCGACUUGGAAACCUCGUGGUCGGCUCGCCAGCGCGCCCGUUUCCUGCGUGAGGUGUGCGGCCCCGAGGUCCCUGACAACGGACUCCCCGACGGCGCCACUUGGGGGGGCAUGAGCUUCAUCCCCGGCCUCGACUCCGACGCACUCGCAGCCACUUCCAUCGCCACCCUGGCGGAGCAGGACCCCUCGGCCCCAUGCGUUGACGAAGCUGACGCCCCGCCUCUGGGGGAAUCCCCGAUAGCCUGGCUGCAGCCGGAGCCCGGGCGCGUAGCUGGAUCGGCGCGCGACGACCCCCUGGCUACCGGUGCCCCCACGUACGGCGCGGCCUGCAGUGAC